AUGGAACUUCGGACACGGGGUGUCGCCGUGGUUUUUCUCGCCAUCGGAGUUUGGACGGCCGCAGGUUUGCACUAUGAGGUAAGUGACAACAACUACUCCCCAUACGGUCACACCGGCACCGUAACGAACGAGGGAUGCUGCCACUGCAGGUUCAACGACACUGCCUACAUGAACGUGGCUUGCGGCCGGAUCACCUCCUUCAUGACCCUGCUGCAGACCCUCAUGAUGACACGCUGCGACAUCUCGGAUCCCUGCCGACGUACCGGCACCGAUGAGCCCCCGACCGAGCAAUGGUUCGACUUUAUCGUCGUGGGUGCCGGAGUCGCGGGGCCGAUAAUAGCGAGACGACUGAGCGAUAACCCAUACUGGAGGGUGCUACUGGUUGAGGCGGGCCCGGAGGAGCCAUCGCUCACCGCGAUCCCAGGCCUGGCGUUCAACGCCAUCAACUCGUCCCUCGACUGGCGUUACCAGACCGAGCCAACCAAGCCCAACUCCACCGCCUGUUUGGAGUCCAAUGGGGUGUGCGCGUGGCCGCGGGGUAAGAUGGUCUCGGGCACUGGGGGCAUGUACGGAAUGAUGUACGUCCGUGGGCACCCCGACUUUUACGACGAGUGGGCGAGCCAAGGCGCCCACGGCUGGUCCUACAAGGAGCUGCUCAAGUACUUCGAGAAAGCCGAGAACCCCAUCAGAUCGGUCUUCACCAACCAUAAGAUGUUCCGGCGGUACAACACGGACGCCCCCCUCGUCAUCGAUCACUUUCAGCACAAGCCCGAUUUCGCCAACGAGAUGAUGAGAGCUGCCUCCGAGAUGGGGUACAGGACCUCCGACUUCAAGGAGUACCAACAGACGGGCUUCAUGGUCGCGCCCAUGCUCACCCAAGACGGACUGAGGGGCACAACCUCAAGGUACUAUCUGAGACCCGUGGCUGGUAGGCGUAACCUGUACGUCCUGACGAACGCGCACGUGACGCAAGUGAGGACAAACGAGUGGGAUAAGCGGGCCACGGGAAUCGAGCUCAUCGACAAGCUCGGCACCAAGAGGACCUACUUCGCCAACAAAGAGAUCAUCCUCUCGGCCGGCGCCAUAGGCUCCCCCCAGCUUUUGAUGCUGUCGGGGAUCGGGCCAAGGGAGGAGCUCGAAAGGCUCAACCUGCCCGUGAUCAUCGACCUGCCGGUCGGCAGGAACCUGCAGAACCACGUAUCCGUGGGCGUAAAGAUGUCGAUAAAGGACGACUACUACGAGACUCUGUCGACGGACUCGGUGAACGAGUUCCUGUUGAGGCGUACGGGCCCGAUGUCCAGUACAGGCUUGACCCAAGUGACGGCCUUCCUGGAGAGCAGCUACACGAAGCGCGGCGUCCCGGACGUUCAGGUAUUCUUCGAUGGGUUCAGCUCGACCUGUGCCCGCACGGGCCUGGACAUCGAGUGCAAGGACGGCUCCCUCGGCACCUGUCCCGCACGGCGGGAAAUCGUCGCCAGGCCCACGGUCGUCCAGACCAGGAGUCGCGGUUACCUCACCCUCAGGUCGAGCGAUCCGUUGGACCAUCCGCUCAUCUAUCCGAAUUACUUUACUAACGAGACAGACAUGAGGGUGCUCAUCGAGGGUGUCAAGAAAAUCGUCGAGAUGACCGAUACCCAGACUUUGAAGAGGUGGGACAUGAAGGUGGACAAAACGCCCCAUCCAUGGUGCUCGAGAUAUUACUUCGGCACGGACGCUUACUGGGAAUGCCUGAUCCGGGCGCAAACCGGUCCCGAGAACCACCAAUCCGGAACCUGUCGCAUGGGCUCGCGCACCGAUCCUCGCAGUGUCGUCGAUCCCGAGCUGAGAGUGCUCGGCGUGCGCAACCUCCGAGUGGCCGAUGCUUCGAUCUUUCCCGUGCUGACCAACGCGAACCCGGUGGCGGCCAUCGUCGCCGUGGCAGAAAAAGCCGCGGACAUGAUCCAAGCGGCGUGGAAUCCUCCCAGGCCGAGACACGGAUAGGACACUUGAUUUUGCCGCGCUGGCGCCGCAGGAUCAUCUUCAUUGUGACUGACUGAGCGAGGAUACUGUGUCUUUGUUUUUUUUCGAGGUUAUCGACAGUUUGGUGGAAACAUAUCUUGUACGGAUAUCACGAACACUGUAUACCUGAUGGGUAGCCCGAUAUAUAUUUAUAUUGUAGCUGUAAGUUUUUCAGUGUGCUUGUGUGAUCGAAAUGUCGAUGGCGUAUUUUUUUUAUGCCCCUUACGCGAGAGACUAUGAUUUCUUUGCGCGUGUUGAUUGAUUUUUUUUCUUUUUUUUUUUUUUUUAAUCGUCUUCAACCCAACGUGUAUUUAUCCAGUGUACUGUCAUUAAUGGCUAUAUGUGGAUCUUGCAAUGAGCACGAAUAAAUAAUUCACAUAACACUUUGUAAAAAAUGACUUUGAUAAAUAUAUCCCCCCGAAGGAAAAAAAAUUCAAUCAAAAAUUUGCUUUUUUCCGUGAUUAGUGUAGUUAUAAGAUGACACUUCAUCAAUAAUUCAAAAUUUAUGCGCACAACUUCUGAACCUUGACAUAAUUCAACAAACAUCGGAUUGGACGUAAGAAUUUUUCGCUUCUAUACUCAUGUUCAGAACAGUCUUUCAACCUUUUUUUUCAUUUAUGUAUUCGGUGGCAUAAUACCAUUCUUAUGAUAAGUUCGUGUCUAGUUUUCUUUGAAAAGAAAAAAUUAUCCCACAAUGGCACGAGUUUUUCGAGCGUUAGACGUAUAAUUUAAGCUAGAAAUUCAAUGGAAUAGCUCAACAGUCAGUGAGUAGAGAAUUAGAGGCUUGUAACUUCAAAAAAAUUAUUUAUCACGUUACAAUGAAUUUAUAUUAAAAAAUACAAAAAAUCUUUGAAAACCAUGCA